CAGUCCCACUCUGCUACAUUGAGCAGGAUAUCACAUGCAUAUCUGAGCUAGAAAGUGACACGAUAAGUUCGUCAGUUCGGGGGUUUCUCCCCCGUGUGUACAUUCACUAUAAUUAGACAGAACGGUCAUACUGACCCCCGGGGGCAGCUAACAGUACCGGGGAAUUGUGGUAAAACCGCAGAUUCGACUCCCGCUACACUAAAUUUGUGGGUACUGUCAGAGCAGGAAGCAGACAUGAUUGCACCACACAGGCUGUGGUGUCUACUGCUUGUGGCAGCAGUGUCAGCAGAAGACUGGAUGCUGCACACCCCAGGUGGAGGGCCCCUGGAAUCGCGGUGUCCUUGCAUAACACCUGAACUGUGUCCCAGAAUAUUCGGAGAAUCUGAACUUGACGUCAGGCACUUUGGCCAGAUUCCAAUCUGCUUGGACAGUCGACAAGUCAGAUGCUGUGGGGCUUCACUCAGCGUCAGCGUGCCUGAUGUUCCUGGUCAUGUAACAGGGUCUGGAGAGGGAAACACCAGUCUAGGACAGCAGGAGGCCAGCAAAAAUAUUACUCAGCAAAUGUCAUUAGAACAGCACACAAACAGCUCACAAACAACUUUGAACUCCAUGUCACACCAGACGUUCAUCACUGUGCAGCAACAAAAAAGUAUCGCUGGCUUGGAAGACUCGAAAAAAAUCUCCAGUGUGACUGUAGACUUGAAAAAUGACCUGAAUAUUUCUCCUGAAGAAAACACAAAUCGUCCUAACUUCCAACAGUCAGACCCAAUCAUUGUGUUCCCAUGGAAUAUGGCAGGGACAUCUGACCCCACAGAACUGGAGACUGUGUAUCUGAUUCAUCCUAAAGAUGGUGAUGAAAAUGACACAGAUGCCUGGAGCUGGAAUAUGAACGAUGAUGCUUUGCUGUCAAGCAAUAUGACUGAGCUACGAUUAUUAGAGCUAGAUUACAAGAACAGCAAAAAUUUGACAGAAACUCCAAAAGUUUCCUCGAUCAUCGAACAGAUACUUGCUGAGACUACUGAUAUGCCAGAGAAGGAAUAUCCUGUGGCAUCACAUAGCAAGUCUAACAGGAUACAAGCACAUAAUGAAAUGCAAGAAAAUCAUGAGGACCAAGUGGAUGAUGGAGAAGCUGAAGACGAUGGUGAGGAGCAUGAUGUCGAUGAAGACAAUGACAAGAACCAAGUUGAAACUCCCACCAGUGGGCUCACAUUGACAAACCAUAUGCAAAGCAAGCAAGCGAAUGUUCCUAAACGAUCCUUCGUGUCUGAGAACCUGAAGAUGAGAAUAUCCAAACUGGCCACAAGAGAAGGACGACCUGGUCCCAGAGGUAAACCGGCAGCUGAUGAAACACGAAGUGUGAACAGUCGUUACCACACAGGCCAAAGAUCCAGACAGUCACUUCAUUCAAUGAGAGUAAUUGAGAAACAGUCUGCAAGCCAUAGAGAAACAGCCACAAACAGAUUGCCUGGACCUUCCUCUCUUCUCAACACUUCUGUAGACAGAAUAACUGCAAGACCACAGGCAUUUCGACGGUCAAGUUCAAAUGUAAAGAAUUCAGCAAGAAUGGCUGUACCACAUGCUUCAAGACCACAAUAUAUAUUUUCUCAUCAGUUGGAUAGAAAUCUCACUGAAGGAACGGUGACAGACAUAAAUGACUUGCAAAGAGGUGGUCACCUGCACGAAAUGUACUUGAGAGAAAACUCUGAACGAACAGCAAAUACUAAUUUGAUUAAAACAGGGGACAAUCCUGUGGAUGGCAACAAUGGAAAUCACACAAACAACACCAAGUCAACAGAUGCGGAAGCAAUUCAGACUUACAGAACAGAUCAGAAUGGAGUAGCUGAGAAUAUACGUCCUGUGGUCAGAAGAAAAACGGCAGAAACGUUGCAUGGAAAUUUUGGGGCAAGGACGAGGACAAGGGACAGGCCACCCUCCAUCCAAAUGAGCCCCUCAUAUGUGCACACCAAGAAUGAAGGUGGUACAGGCUCUGUAACAAUGAAGUUUGUGCAUAACCAACAAACUGGCCAAAGUGUGGCUGAGCCUCCUCUAUCAAAACAGGAAGAACUUCCAGCCACUAGAGUGACGCCUCUGGGAUCAGAUGUAAGACAGUUCGUUAAUGGAGACACCUCAGUGGAAGAAGCAGGGCUCAUAAGCGCUGUAGGGAAACCACCCAAGGGAUUUACUGAUUCUGCUGUGUCAUUACAAAAUAUGGGCAGCGUUAAUCAAAGAGAUCCCCUGUUUCACUUACCAUACAGUAUUCACCCACGACCAUUUCUAAAUCAAAUUUCAGAUUCAAAAGUACCCCAGAUCUUGGUGCCAGUCACUCCUCCCCCUUCUGGCGCACCUACCUUCAACCCACAUGUGAGUGUUUUUCACCAACCACAGUCACAAUCAUUUCAACAGCAUGAUGUACUUACACAUGCUGCAACUCACUCCCCACAGAAAUACAUAUAUACCAUAAUAGCAACGCCAAACUCAGCAAACAUGGUAAAUUUCAAUAGACAAGAAUGGCACGCAGCUCAGCAGAAUUGGCUCCCAUCCAACCAACAAGCUGAUCUUUAUGUCCCCCAGGUGCAAUCGCCUCUUAUUGCACAGAAAUUCAAUCUUCCAUCAACACGCAACCUCACCCCAUUAUAUCUACCAACCCAAAAUGACCCACAAAAAACCACAACAGACAUCCCAGUAGCAGUAAUUCACUCUUUUCCCAAUGAUGAAACUAUACGAGCCCAAAUAAUGCCAAUAUCACAAUCAUCUCCACUCAAUAAGUUUCUCAGUUUUUCAGAUCAACAACUGAAACUGCUAGCAGAGCAGAGUACGCAUGGGUCCCAACCGUUAACAAAGCCACCUGCAGAGGGUGGACCAGCCCCCCAGCUGGAUGCCCGACGACAUACCACAGAGCAGCACACGAAGAAACUUCACUAGUACUUCCAGAAGCUACAGAACUACUAUAAGCAGCACCACCACAAAUGAAUGGUGUUUGUUCUCUUUCAGCUGGAACACAUGGCACUUCAGUGCAUUUUUAAUACUUUUCAUCUGUGUUUUAAAGCUGCAUUACCAUAUACUGUAUGUCAUAUUGAGUUCAUAACCUCCACAAGGGAUCUAUGUGCAUCUGUAACUAAGUGUAUGUGACAACAGCACAGUAUCUCUAAACUUAAAUAUACAUAAUGUAUCAAUGUAAGAACUUUCCCACUUCAAGCAUCAAUCUCAUAGCAAUGAAGUUGAACACACAGAUUCAAGCCUCACAGAAUGUUCAAUCAUUAUAAAAUGUACUUCAAAACACAGCUGUGAGCCUUACACAAUGUUCAAUCAUUACAAAAUGUACUUCAAAACACAGCUGUGACUCCAAGAACACAGAAACUAUAUAAAUCUGAACACCCAGGGUUCUUGUAGUUGUACUGAAUAUGUAACAAUCCCUUCUAUUUGUGAUUUGCCAUUUUCAUUGUCGAGAACACACCAAAUACUGUUGUCUGGGGUGUAAUGCCAUGUACGGUACUGAAACACAACAUGGCGUUACUUUCCCGCAGGACAGUAAUAGUGACUGCCUGCUUUUGAUACAACUGUUUGUCUCAAGAUUCAAAAAUCUACUCAGGCUUUUACUCUCUUUACCAUUAAAUCUCGAAAAUGACGUGACUUGACUUUGGAAUCACUCUUGUCCUGUCCAUAAAUUAGCAAGAAGGAGCAGUGCUUGUUUAACCACUACUUAUCAAAGCAUUCUAUCUUCACAUUUUCAGUUUCUUUAAAGGUAUAGCUUGGUAGUCCUGUUAGUUGCUAA